UCGCAAUGUCUGACAGGAAGGCAGUGAUUAAGAACGUGGAUAUGUCCGAGGAUUUACAGCAAGAUGUCAUUGAGAUCGCCACUAGUGCCAUGGAGAAAUUCAACGUCGAGAAAGACAUCGCAGCAAACAUCAAGAAGGAGUUUGACCGGAAGUAUAACCCCACCUGGCACUGCAUUGUGGGUAGGAACUUCGGAAGUUACGUCACACACGAGACAAAACAUUUCAUAUAUUUCUACAUUGGUCAGAUGGCCGUAUUGCUCUUCAAAUCAGGAUAAAAGCUGACUUUAUUGUAAUCUACUGGUGUUUGGACUCCAACCCCUUCCUCAAUGGAGAUUGGACAGAACUGUAAAUCUACUAAAUCUUUAAGCGGGAAAAUCUUGGACUUUUGCGUUUUAAUCGUUUUUCGCUGUGAUGUCGUGUGUUUUUUAUUAUAAGAGUUGUGCCUUUGGGCGAAUUAUGUUUGCCAAAAUCUAAAAUUCUUUUAAAUCGAUAUUUUAGAAUGAUAUACAUUAAAAAUAAAGGCCUUCUAAAAGAAUAUUUUUUACUAGGAGUAUAAUAAGAACGAUUUUUUUUUAGCAAAAUUACUAGAUGACCUUAAACCGAGCACAAAUAUUUUUGUAUCAGGUGAAAAGGUUUAAUUCGCCUGUAACUUGAUGAACCAUCGCAUACCUGUCUAGGAUUUAAAACACGAUUCAAGUAACAUACAUAUAACUCGCAUACAUAUAACUCAUAGGUAUUGAAAGCCAAAGCUUGUUCUCGACCUUGUAAUGAUAUGACAAGAAUGUAUAAACCAUUAAUUGCAAUGUUUUACUUUCUCAAGUUGAUUUUACGAGAAAAAGAUACUUGCCUUCUGAGUGUAACACAUCGGAUAACAAAAUGGACAAAGCUAAGAGGAAUAAAAGAAUUGUUUGCGUACUUAUUGAUGCUUUCGACAUAACCAAAUCAAUGAUGAAUACAUUCUUAUUCGUCAGGUUUAGCAAUAGUCUGCCUUUCAAUGAACUUCAUAGUCAAAGAGAUCCUGAGUAAACUGAUGUUUCAAACAUAAAUACAUAAAUCAUAAAAGUAUGCAGUGCCUGCAUUAGGGACUUUGGUCCAUGUUUCGGAGUAAAAACCCUUAUUUUGGGUCGAAUGGCUUAUCUUAUAGGGGUUUUUCUUUAGACAAGGGUAUUGUGGAAGACUUAUCUUUCUUAUGGCAGUUUUUAAACUUGUGUACUUCCCUAGACUACGGCUGAUAAAGAGGGUUUUUAUAUUUGAAGUUUUAAAAUAAAUAGUGUGGGCAAAACGUUUAAAAUAUUGAAUGAUGUUGAUUUUCACCAGGCAUGUUUAUACUUGGUAUUGUAUAGGCAAAUGUUGUUGCUAUACAGCUUAAGAUAUUUUUGAUAAAGUAGAUCUAUGUUAUUGCUGCAAUAAACAGGACAUAUCCGUUCACAGGAACUUAACUAUUAAACUACA